CGAGUAACUGAGUCCUUGCUCCGUCUUUCAAGUUUCGACUUCAGUCGCCAUUGAAAAACCUUCGUUCUCUACGUCUCUGUGUUAAGAUUCAAUCAUGGAGGAUCAUGUUCCACUACCUGCUUCUGUUGAACAAGUACUCACAACGAUCUGUGAGCGGCAUUCAAUUUCACCGCCGGACGUCGUCGGAGCUAAAAGACAGCUUGCUUCGCUUGGAGAGGAAGACUCUCUUACGAUCCUCCGCAAGAUUUCAAACUCCACUCAUAUUCGAACUCUCACUGGUUAUAUCAUUUAUAUGACGAAAAGUGCUCGUGGAGAAAGCAAUUGGUCUCCUACUUCUCGACCUAGUACAUCCGGAGGCGGCACACCAUUUUCUUCUCCUUCUCCUGGUAAAAGCAUCUCCACUCCUCCUACCUGCCCAAGUCCUUCCGGAAGCGGCACUCCUUUUUCUGCUUCUUCUCCUGGGGUCAUGAGACGGCAGACCUCACGGGCUGUGACGAGUCUGUGGGGAGCGAGCUCAUCAGCACGACUUCCCCGUUCCUAUUCAAUGGCGUUGGCGGAACUUGACUUCAAGAAGGCCUUCUUAAUUUUAAGUUAUGCCGGGAAGGAGAGGCUCGAAUCUGUGAUCACUGCUGAUGACAUUUAUAAAUUCAAGAACUCCCAAAAUGCUACGUUUGAGUCAGAGGUUUGGCACAGUAUUGGUCGACAUUGCAUCGAGGAGAAAGACAGGAGAGAGGUGCAUCUUAUGAAAUUUGAUUCAGACCAUGGAGGAGCAUUCUUGUAUCACUGCGUGGUUGAUUCAAAUGGGAAUUACAGCUUUAAGGGCCCGUAUUAUGAUAAGAUGAGAACUCAUCUUCAGAAGGUUUUGGGUGAUGAUAAUGUUCUGAUGGUCAAGUUUUCUGAAGAGGAAGACGCAAAAGGAAAAUUUUCAGCUACCAGUUCUUGCACUUCUAGUUACAAGAAAAUUGCAGAAGAAGGGAUUUUUGUGGGUUUGCGCCAUUACCGUUUCUUUGUUUUCAAGGAUGGAGGCAAAGAGGAAAAGAAAAAGGAUCCAACAUCAUCUUGUGUGAAGUGUUAUUUUGUUUGUAUGGAGUCCAAUGCCUUAUUAGACAGGAUGAGACCGUGUCCUUUGUAUAGUAAAUCUGUUCAUGAUGCUCGUUGUGUGUUUAUGCAUGUACAUAAAGUCAGCAGUCUCGUGGGUUAUAUGAAGAGGUUCUCACUAAUUUUAUCAAAGACUAUCAAGCUAGAUGUAGAUUUUGGAUCCUUGGUUGUUCAAACGAUUGACGAUGAACCUUGCAAGGAUGAUAAUGGAGGUGCUGUCCGUGAUGAAGAUGGGAAACCUCUUGUACAUACUGAUGGAACUGGUUUUAUAUCUGAAGACUUGGCUUUGAAAUGUCCAAGGAAUAUAUUUAAAGGGACGUACCGGAACCAAGGAGACAUUAAGGAAACUCGAGCACUCACUGAACUUGAGCAGAUAUUUGGACAGUCAAAAUCUAAUAUUGAGGAUCCGGUCCGUCUGUUUUACAAUGGUCGUGCUGUAAAGGGAACCCUUCUAGUGAAUAAAUAUCUUCCUUUUGAAACAAUUCAGAUACGACCAUCAAUGAUAAAAGUUGAGCGAGACCAUGAACUCAAAAUACCAACUGUCAACUCUUUGGAAAUUGUUUCGACAAG